AUGUAUAUUUUUCAGGGCGUUGAUUGCACAAAACAGCGUUAUAGUGAAUUGAGCGAUGAGAUUCGAGCACAAAACAAACGAGAAGAUCGUCUAUUAGAUUUAAAAAUAAAAUACUACGAACGUGAAACACGUACCAGAUUGACCAUGUUACAGAAAGAAAAACAUCUAUUAUUAAAAGUUCGUGAUCAAAUUGCUAAACGAUGGAAAAAUAUCGAUGAUCAAUCUAAACAUUUUAAAACAUCAUCAAUAUUAAGAGAUCAACGUAACAAUUUAUUUCAUACAGAUUCAUCGUAUUUUCUUUGUUCAUCAUCAGAUAUUUAUACAGGUUCUGAAGUUCAAGAAGAUCUGUUGACACUAAACCAAGAAUCAGCUAGUGAAAUUAUUAUUAGUGAUAAAGAGUUAAAACAUAAUGAAAAUAUUGUCUCAAAUAAAAUACGACCACAUUCUGCCGUUUAA